UUUCUACUACGAGCACACUGGCUGCGUCAGGCUAGCGACACAUAGCCAUCGCGAUAUCGGAAGUUGUAGACCUUGCCUUCAAAAUAAGUGUAUUGUCGUUACUUCAAAACGCGACCGAAUUGCCUGCUUCUGACACCGGCAUUAAUUUGAAAUACCAAGUGGAAGUGCUUUUUGUUAUUCUCGUGUACCUUGACGCUUCGGCGGGCAACGUUGUACCUGAUGGUCUGCAACGGCAUUGUUAAAUGUUAAAUGAGAGACACUUCUGACAAGAGCUCGCUUUACCGCAUAUGACACAAGUGUGAGUCGCUCAGCUUUUCCCUUUGAAACAAGAUGUUUGGCUUCCACAAGCCGAAGAUGUACCGGAGCAUCGAUGGCUGCUGCAUCUGCAGGGCCAAGUCGUCCAGCUCCCGCUUCACUGACAGCAAACGCUACGAGAUCGACUUCAAGAGCUGCUUUGGGUUGGGUGAGGUGCGCUGUGGGGACAUCUGUAAUGCCUGUGUCCUCCUGGUCAAGAGAUGGAAGAAGCUUCCAGUUGGAUCCAAGAAGAACUGGAAUCAUGUAGUCGAUGCCAAAGCUGGGUCGAGUGUGAAGGCCACACUGAGGACAAAGAAGAUGAGGAAGAAGCUUAGACCGAGCCAGAUUGGUCGGGUGCAAAGCGAGCUGAAGAGAAACAACUCAGACGCCCACAGCACCACCUCCAGUGCAUCGCCCGCUCAAUCACCUAGCUACAGCAACCAAUCAGACGAGGGUUCGGACACAGAGAUUUCACCCGGCCCUGACACUUCCCAGGCCUUCUCCUUCCUGGACCUCACCUACUGGAAAAGACAGAAGGUGUGCUGUGGGAUUGUGUACAAGGGACGCUACGGAGAAGUCCUCAUCGAUCCCCACCUGUACAAGCCCUGCUGUCAGAGGAAGCCAAAACUGCAACAGGAAGAGGAAGAGGGUGGGGAGAUGGAGGAAGAAGAGGAAGAGCAGGUAAUGGGAAAGAUCGCAGUGAGUGUGUCACCACCCCCUACACCCAAACGAGAGGAGGAGGUGGAGGAGCAGCUGGGUGAAGGAGCACGGUGAUGGCAGUACAGAAUUGGUACGAUCUCUUAAUGGACAGACAGACAGACAGUACGAGACACUGACGGAUGCCACUCAACUACACAAAUGGCCCAAAGAAAGCCUCACUAUCAUUUUUGCAUCUUUCACAAGCUGCUGCAUCCCUUUCAGACUUUGUAGCUCUGAUAACAGCUCUGAUCCUUGGACUGGUUCCAUUUUCACUGUCUUGGCUUGCUAUGAGAUUCUGUCUGUUUGUAAAUACUUUAUUUUGCUCUCUGUCUGAAAUGCUGGAUCGAUGAAUGCUGCAUGGAAACCUGAAGACCUCUGGAAUUCACCCUUUACUCCUAGGAAGGAGCCAUACAUUGGAAAGCAGCCUUCCACUCUCUGCCUUUCCUUUCCUGACUCAACAAGCUUGUUCUCAAAUGUUGCUCUGUUUAAUGUUUGUGUUGUAAUGAGUGUAUACAUUUCUAAAAUGUUUCUUUCUUUAAGACAGAGAAACUUCUCUUGCUAAUUUGACAUUUGUCAUGUGACACACUCCUCAAAAACGACACAAAAUGCCAGUUCCACAAUUGGCUCUUUGUAAGUCCCGCCCUUUUUUUGCUCUGUGCUCCAGUAGAGCUCAACAGUAAGGUUCCAAAGUAAAAAUCCCAUUCAUAUUGUGUACAGAGGAUUUAAAUUAUUAGCCAUAAUGUCGUAACCAUCCAAGCUAGCAAUACCAUGAGCUAUGAGGCUGUGAAACAAUGCUCCUGUAGAAGUCUGUUGUAUGAGAUCAACCUUGUUUUAAGAAACAAGUUAUUUUUAUUGCGUUGAGAAGUACUGAACUGUACGAUGGUUUUUUGUUAUGUUUACCAAAGAACAAUGAUUUCUCUUUCUGACGAGCUGCAUCUUUUUAGAGAAUCACUACAAGUCAGUAUUUGUUAAAGACAACACAUACAGGUUUGUGGUGAGCUUUAGAGGCUGGCUAGUUAGGUAGCUAACAUUAGCUAACACGAGUCUACAUAAAACUGCAUGAGUCGCACUAAUCAUGUCGUUACACAACAUAUAUACACACACACACACAACACAAACUACAAUAUAUUAUAACACUAUUAUGAUAUAAUCACAAUGGUUAAAUUCAAGGAGAAGUACACUAUUAUUGUGAACAUCCUCAAUGGUUUAUGGGAUGACUAGUUCCUUCACUCUUAAAAUAAUUAUGUACAUAGUCUUGUACUUUUGCAAGCUUUUUGGUUUUUUUUGCUCUGAAUCAAAUGUUUUAUGGUCACAGUUCAUCUCGUAGUUGGUUAGCUACAAGUCUGUAAAACAACUUUCUGAAACAUCAGUGGAGUAAAUUAAAUUCACUUCCAGAGCUGUUCAGAAAGUGGGCGGUCACUGUUGAGCUCUAGCAAGCUUUGGUCAACUUUUUCCUUUCCUGUACUUAGAUAUGCUAUGUGCUAGACUCUCUAUGCAAAAUUUGAAGAUGUUUAAAAGAUACAAGCAACAUACAGUACUGCUAUAGUCACAUCAAAAGGGGUGGGACUUAGGAAGGUUCCAUUGGCUAAACAUCAGCAGUAAAAAUAUAUUAAUUUGUUAAGUUGUUUGUUUGCUGAUACUGGCCGAUACGAGUAAUAGUUGGGUGUAUCGUUACCGGAAAAUGUCCAUCUUAAGUCUGUAAAUAAUGAAAGACAAUUGAAAUGAUCUAUAUUUUAAAUCAUUGUUGUUGCAAGGGAUAGAUUGGUGGUGCACAUACAGAAACAGCACAAACAGAUAUAUUCAGGGAGGCAUCCAGCACAUGCAGCUGUUAUAUCAAAGUGUCCAGUGAACCAUUAUAAGCUAAACAAACCCUCAGGAAGACUGUGGCAGCAACACAGAAUGAAACACUUCCUGCACUGUUGUUGCCACCUUUCAACAGCUUUUCAUGUUGGAAGAGGCUCAGGUGCUAUUUAUAUUCUAAUGAUAAGUCAUAAAAUAAGCCCUGUUUUUCCACAGACCAAUAAAGCUGUGAGGAUGUGCCCUUUCAUGAUUAAUAGAUUUUUAGUUUGAGGCCUUCAGAGGAAUGUUUAAUGUUCUGUGGCUGUUUGCAGAACUGCUUUCCACUCUUGUUUUUUUGGGGGCUAAAUGUGCCUCGAUGUUGUACAGCUUGAAUAUGUUGUAUAUUUUUGUAUAUAAACUAAUGAAUGGAAACAAGCAUCUGUACAGAUUUGAUGUCCUCAGUUUGAACCAUGUUGUGUAACUUUUCAUUAAUAAUUACAGAUUGAAAAUUUCAGGUGGUUGUGUAUCAGAUUUCUGGGACACACCUUGGUCUCUUGGGGUUUUGUUUCAUAAUUUGUUGCUGUUCAUUUCUAAAGAUGCCAAGACAGUGCUUCCAGGUGUGUCUGUCUGAAAUGUAGUAAUAUUUCCUGCCAGAAGGUGAGGUCUCAGAGUUUCAGGUAUGCCAGCAAACAGGCUCACUGAGAAUAACUGCGUUGUUAACUUUAGUAAGUUAGUUCAGUGCUGUUCCUCAGUAGUUCAGUACUUCAUUCAGUUUAGCAGCUUUUGUAAUUCUACCAGAGCUUUACUCUCAGUACUGAAGGUCAUUUUGUUUUUUAAAAAUUAUAUGUUUAAAAAGGAAGAAAGCAUCUGCCAUGGCUUACUUGUGGCAUGUCUAUUUAUUAACUUAUCUUUAAAAUGUUUUAUUUUCACUACACUAAAAUGGAUUUCUCCUUGUGGGCACACACACAUUUCAGGAUGUCUGUACAGUGCUGCCAUAUAGACUGAACACAGUGGAUAUGAUUGUAUUAAAAACUCUUUUGUUCUUUAAACAUUGUAUUUAACAGUCCUAGUUUACAGAGAUUCUUGUACUCCUGUUAUUUUUAGUAGAGAUGCAACAUGGAUGUACAUUUAUUUGUCUUUAGUUCAUUAGCAUGUGAUGUAGGUCUGCAGUUGAUCUAGAGAAGAUAUUUUAGUAGUCCAUCUUCGUCUAUAUGGUUAUUUUGCAGAGAAAUGCACUGUUCCUUUCUCAAAGUUUGUAUUUUUAUACACGCUUCAAUAAAUGUCAUUUGUCAUG